AUGGUGGCGUCACCCCCUGGUGACCCAGGAGGCGGUUGUAGCCAGCUGGACACCCCUAGCCAAGAUGGACGGUGCUCGGCAGUCCUCAAGGUGACUAUGGUGGUGGCUCCAAUUUAUUACCAUCUACCUCGCAUCCGAAGUCAUUCUCUGAGGCAGUGGCUCACACUGUUGAAAUUAACGCUAAGGCCAGGUUUGAUCCCAUCUGCCCUAGGUCAAAUGAAGAGGCCGAGAAAGGUUCAAGUCACCAUGAUGAUAGAGAGAAAGAAGCUGGAAAGAUUUCUCAAGACUGGUCACGCGUCCUUCUACUACUAUGAGCUGAAAAAUGGAUACCUUUGGUGGAGAUCGUUGGAAGAUCUUCACGCCUUUGACCAAGCUUGUGACAAGCUCAGGAAAGAAAUCAGGAAAAAUGCAAAUCCCAGGAUGGAAGAGCUCUCCUUGCUGUCUCAGGUUCAAGCGCAUAAGAAUAUAAUCUGGAUGGAAGGCCCCCAAGGCUGGACUGCCUGGGUCGAUGAUUUCUAUGAUAUUCUUCACUAGUUGGUUAUCAAGUACCUUUAUGUAUUGAGCUGUUUAUUCUGUUACUCUGAUUUUUUGGCGGCAGUCGGAGGUUAAUCCUCCCUG